AUGGACAAUAGCAACCAGCAUUCACAUGAAGAAGCUCCAGAAAGCUUCUUUCUCUUCAGAGCUGUUGGGCUUUUCACCGGGGACAUGCAUCUCUGUGGAGAAUGGGUAAAAAGACAGGGUGUGGUAAUCCAACUGCUGGACUGGAUUUUCCGAGGGGUGGCCCAGGUCAUGUUUGUCAACAACCCUCUCAGUGGGCUCCUCAUCACGGCCGGCCUCUUCCUGCAGAACCCUUGGUGGGCUCUGAAUGGGCUGCUGGGCACCCUUGUUUCUACUCUAUCUGCCAUUUUGCUGGGACAAAACAGGGAGGCCAUAUCAGCAGGUUUAUACGGCUACAAUGGAGCCUUGGUCGGCAUACUGAUGGCUGUUUUCUCUGCCAAAGGAAGCUGGUACUGGUGGCUUUUACUGCCAAAUGUGUUCAUGUCCAUGUUGUGCCCGGUGGUCUCCAGUGCUCUGUCCUCAGUUGCCAGCAAAUGGGACCUCCCAGUAUUCACGCUGCCCUUUAAUAUGUUGGUGUGUCUACACGUUGCAGCCACAGGAGCCAAUCACCCCUACUUUCCGGAGGUGGAUAUCCAACCAAAUAACCAUCUGCACCCCCAUCACGACUCCAUUCAAAGCCUGAAUAUCUCUGAGCUACUCCUGUCGGUGCCAGCCGGUGUUGGCCAGGUGUACGGCUGCGACAGUCCUUGGACAGGAGCUCUCAUCCUUCUGGCCCUGCUGCUCUCCUCACCAACUAUCUGUUGUCAUGCCAUUUUGGGCUCUGCUGCUGGCAUGUUGUCUGGAGUCUUCUAUGUUAUAACAUGGCAAACCCAUAUACUGGCUCUAAUAUGUGCAUUUUUCUGUGCAUACGUGACUUCAGCCAGCUCGAAAUUGAUGUCCGUGCUUGCAUUACCAGCCUGCACGUGGCCUUUCUGCCUGUCAACUCUCAUCUUCCUCCUCAUUUCCUCUGAGAUCCCAGCCAUCUGCAGACUGCCUCUGUCUGUGGUCUCCUACCCUGAGGAAAAUCGGCGCUACCAGAGACAAUUAAAGGCCUCAGAGAAAGCUUAG